UCUGUCUUCACAUCCUUUUAGGCCACCCAGCCAAACAACGAUCCAUCACCGCCAUCUUGCUCAGGGCCAAGAAUGAGCAACUCCAGUGCUGAUUGAGCUGCGAUAGCCAUCCGUUUUUCUCUGCAGCAUCUUGAACAGACACGAUUGCAUCCAACCUCCAUUUGCCUCGUGUGCGAUCAUCACCAGCUGCAUCAAGACAUCUGGUGAAGUUUUUAUCGCUUUCUCGGUAUAAAGUUUUGAAACUACAGCAUGAACAGUCGAGGCCGCAUUGCCAAUCCGAGAAAAGGACGGCAUCGUAAACAACAGCCUCAGGCGCAAGAACAGGAGUCAGAACCGCAUCAGGAGCCAGAAUGUUCACAGGAGCAGGAACAGCCGUAUCAGGAUAUAUUCGCAACACAGCGAUCUACGGACGAGAAUCCCUUUACAACGCGACCAGAACGGGCUUCAGAAUUAUCAUUUGAUCCCUUGGCGACACCAAACCUCAUUCGUCAGCAACAAAAGCACCAGCUAUAUGGACGGAUACUAAAUGAAGAAUCGCCUGGUCUCAGUGCCUCAUCAGCUUCGCUCUGGAGCCUUGCUGAAGACGAAAUCGAUAGUGCUUUUACUCCAGAGGAUAUCAACAAUUUGCUUCCUUCGACAGCAACAAUGCUGCACCCAAUAUUUCAACGUCACCCCGCCCUUGCAGCACACGACAACGUAGAUGUUGACGGAAGAGAGGACGACCUCGGCUCAGAAGCACUUGACUUGGAUGUUGCUGAUCUGCAAGAGGAUGGAGCAGAGCCUUCGAUUUACACAUCAUCGCUGUUACUGAAGCGCAAACUGGCUGACGCAUUUGAGCUGGACAAGCAUGAGGACGGGAUGCACGAAUCCGCAAGCAACGGAAAUCGGGGAAGUCGGGGCGAAGGAGAAGCACAGCUGGCUCGAGGACAAGCCCCAGAUUCGAUAUUCAAAAGGCUUGUCCACAGCAGAGCGCGAGUCUUGGAGCGAGGUUAUCGUCAGCCUUCAACAUCAGCAGCAGGAUCAAGCACACUGACCCAAUUUUCGUCGCCGUCUUUAUCAAUACCACCAACAUCGUUAUCAUCGUCGUCAUCAACGUCGUCAACGUCUAUAGGUAUGACAACGCCAGAAGGAUUUUCGCGUCUUCUUCCCAAGCCAACAAUACCAUCGACCAGACAUGUGGCUCCAGAUAGAGCUUUCCCUGUGACGCCAACAGCGAGGAACAAGAGUCGAUUGAAUGAUGCAUCUUCGUUGCCGUUAUGGACGAGCGUUGGUCGUAGGAUGGCGAUGCAGCUUAAGUAUGGAAGAUACAAUGAAGACGACGAAGACGAGAAGGCGUCGGGAGCUGAAGCAGAGAGUGGACCUGAGGGGGAUGCUGCAGCGAGGCCAAAUGAUCAGUCGACGGAAGAUGGUGGGGGUGAAAGAGACCGAAACAUUUUCCUGGAUACCAAUCGACUCUCAUGGCUGAUGAGUCGUGAUACCAUGGCGGGGCAAUGUGAAGGAGUUUCACAAACCGGACGCAUUGAGAGCGAACAUGCAAGACAUGAAGGAGGAGAUUAUCGACUAUUGGAACGUCAACGCAAAGACAAGCUCAAUUUCUUGGAAGGGCUUCUUGAUUCGGAGGAUCACUAUAAUCCAGUCGAUAUCUUUAACAGCGAGCCCGAUCUAGAGGACCUAAAUGGCGAAGGCAGCAAUAAUAUCGACAGGAGCAGUAACGACAUGGAAGCACGAGGAGACAACGCAAACAAUGUGUUAGAAUCUGGGUCAGACUCAGAGUCAAGGUUGGAGGACGCUGUAAUCGAGAGACAGCUGGAAGCCGAGAUGGCUACAGAACUGAACGGAUAUCAAGAGUCGUCGUUCGAGGAACUGUUGGAGUUGAGCGCGCACCAGGUGUCUUCGAGUGCGCUGGUCGAGGAACUGAGACGCGAAUACUGCGAGCGAUUGACGACCUCGGAGGAACUCGAGCACCGGUCGUGGAUGUAUGAGACAGCACGGGUCAACCAGCCGCAACAGAUGGGGGUGUUUGCACGACGAUAACUCCGUCUAGCAAAGUAUCGGAAGGGGCAGUUGCUUUUGUAUUAUAUUCCACUGUAUACGCUUGUAACAAUACACUAUAGCAUUCAUCGGUACCGCAAUGAAUUCGGAUACCAUGGUCCGAAAGGGCGUCUGUUCUUUGGCCAAGCCUAGGCCGAGGAGCACUGACGUACUGACAUAAUGCGUCCGUCAUAUUCAGCCC